CCCAUUAGGGUUGAGGAAGACGAAAGACCAAAGCGAAGAAAACCCCCAUCUUUCUCUCUUUCACAUACUUUCUGCUAAUUUCUCAUCAUGUCUUGGUGCACAAUUGAAUCCGAUCCCGGUGUCUUUACUGAACUUAUACAGCAGAUGCAAGUUAAAGGCGUACAAGUAGAGGAGUUGUAUUCAUUGGAUCUCGAUUCUCUGAACAAUCUCAGGCCUGUGUAUGGGUUGAUUUUCCUUUUCAAAUGGCGCCCAGGGGAGAAGGAUGAACGUCUUGUAAUCAAGGACCCAAACCCUAAUUUGUUUUUUGCUAGUCAGGUCAUCAAUAAUGCUUGUGCUACACAAGCUAUACUGUCUAUUCUCAUGAACUGCUCUGAUAUCGACAUUGGUCCAGAAUUAUCAAAGUUGAAAGAAUUUACUAAAAACUUUCCUCCAGAGCUUAAGGGCCUAGCUAUAAAUAACAGUGAAGCCAUACGAACAGCCCAUAAUAGUUUUGCAAGGCCCGAGCCUUUUGUUCCGGACGAGCAGAAGGCUUCUGGGAAAGACGAUGACGUCUACCAUUUCAUAAGCUACAUACCACUUGAUGGAGUACUCUAUGAACUCGAUGGACUGAAGGAGGGACCCAUUAGCCUUGGUCAGUGCCCUACUGGACCAGGUGACAUGGAAUGGUUGAAGUUGGUACAACCAGUUAUCCAAGAACGAAUAGAGAGAUAUUCCCAAAGUGAAAUCAGAUUCAACCUCAUGGCAGUUAUCAAGAACAGGAAGGAGUUGUACACUGCUGAACUUAAGGAGCUCCAAAAGAAGAGGGAACGCAUCUUGCAGCAGCUGGCUACCAUACAGUCCGAAAGACCUACAGACAAAGCCAGCUUCGAAGCACUAAACAAGCAACUUUCAGAAGUGAAUUCAGGGAUCGAGGGUGCCACUGAGAAAAUCUUGAUUGAGGAAGAGAAAUUCAAGAAGUGGAGAACCGAAAAUAUUCGAAGGAAACACAACUACAUACCGUUCUUGUUCAACUUCCUUAAAAUUCUUGCGGAAAAGAAGCAACUGAAACCGCUUAUCGAGAAAGCCAAGCAAAAGAAAAGCAGCAGCCCUAGGUGAACAUGUUUCUUCUUGUUGCAUUUUCCUUUUUAUUUAAUUUUCUUGGUUGAAUAGAUGCUUAGUCCAAACUAGAGGUUUAGUGCAAAUCCAAAGAAAAGGAGUGAGCUGAAGGACCAUUCUAUGAU